AUUACUCAUAGCUUUGUCCUCACAAAAUAAAAUACCUCAAAAAAAAAACAAACUCAAAACUAUAAAAAAUACAGGUAAAACACUCAUCAAUGGCGGUCCCAAUACCCAGUCGACACCUCUUCAUCAACGGUGAAUGGAGAGAAUCCCUUCUCAAGAAACGCAUCCCUGUCAUCAACCCUUCUACUGAACAGAUCAUCGGUGAUAUACCAGCUGCUACUUCAGAAGAUGUUGAAGUGGCAGUUGAAGCUGCCCAUAAUGCUUUUUACAGGAAUAAGGGCAAGGAUUGGGCCUUCACUCCUGGUGCUUUUCGUGCUAAGUAUCUGCGUGCUAUUGCUGCCAAGAUAACGGAGAAGAAAUCUGUCUUUGCGAAACUCGAAUCAAUUGAUUGCGGUAAACCAUAUGAUGAGGCGGCGUGGGAUAUGGAUGAUGUUGCUGGUUGUUUUGAGUACUAUGCUGACCUUGCUGAAGGUUUAGAUGCCAAGCAAAAGGCUCCUCUUUCUCUUCCUAUGGAUACAUUUAAGGGUCAUGUUCUUAAGGAGCCGCUUGGUGUUAUUGCGUUAAUCACUCCUUGGAAUUACCCUCUAUUGAUGGCCACGUGGAAAGUCGCUCCAGCUUUGGCAGCAGGUUGCACGGCAAUACUGAAACCAUCUGAACUUGCGUCGUUGACCUGUUUAGAGCUGGGUGAAGUUUGUAGGGAGGUUGGUCUUCCACAUGGUGUCCUCAAUAUUCUAACUGGACUGGGCACUGAAGCUGGUGCUCCUUUGGCAUCUCAUCCUCGUGUUGACAAGGUAGCAUUUACUGGAAGCACAGCUACUGGGAGCAAAAUAAUGGCAACUGCAGCUCAGAUGGUCAAGCCUGUUUCGAUGGAACUUGGUGGUAAAAGCCCAUUCGUUGUGUUUGAGGAUGUUGAUCUCGACAAAGCUGCUGAAUGGACUGCCUUUGGUUGCUUUUGGACAAAUGGUCAGAUAUGCAGUGCGACAUCCCGCCUAAUUGUGCAUGAGAGCAUUGCAACAGCAUUUUUAGACAGGCUUGUCAAAUGGUGCCAAAAUAUUAAAAUAUCGGAUCCCUUUGAAGAAGGUUGCAGACUUGGUCCAGUCGUGAGUGGAGGGCAGUAUGAGAAAGUCAUGAAAUUUAUAUCAACUGCCAGAAGUGAAGGAGCGACCAUUUUGUCUGGUGGUGAUCGUCCAAAGCAUCUAAACAAGGGAUUCUUCAUUGAGCCAACCAUCAUUACUGAUGUAAAUACCUCUAUGCAAAUUUGGAGAGAGGAAGUCUUUGGACCUGUUCUGUGUGUUAAAACAUUCAGCACUGAAGAAGAAGCCAUUGAGUUGGCAAAUGACACCAUUUAUGGAUUGGGUGCUGCUGUGAUGUCAAAAGAUCUGGAAAGAUGUGAACGUGUGAGCAAGGCUUUUCGGGCAGGUAUUGUGUGGAUCAAUUGCUCGCAGCCAUGUUUCUGUCAAGCCCCAUGGGGAGGCAUCAAGCGUAGCGGAUUUGGACGUGAACUAGGAGAAUGGGGACUCGAGAAUUACUUGAGCGUGAAGCAGGUGACGCAGUACAUCUCAGACGAACCAUGGGGUUGGUACCAGUCUCCUUCAAAGCUGUAAGAGAUGUUUGUGAGAGCUGAACUAUAAUUUCUUAGGCGCCGUAAAACCGGGAAUGAAUGUACUAAUAUUAGAAGCAUGCAGCAAAAAUAAGAUGUUGAGAUAAUAAGAAAUUGUUGCAGAUUUGACAGAACUAGUUUUUACUAUCAUAUGAUUUAAUAAGAGUGGUGUGGAGUGUUUUUAUCUUCAAA